UUCUCUGACUCAACACUCGUUCUUUCAAUCCUCUCUGCUUUUUCCCUCUUAUUUUCUCUGCAACAUCUACAUUACUACACAGAGGAAAAAUUGAGAGGGAAUCGGGGUAAAUGGCGGUACCUUCCAAGCGGGUUUGUGUUUUUGCGGCGGUGCUUGUGGUUAUGUUCGUCGGAGUUUUAGCCACCGUUCAGAACGACGGGAUCUCUGGUGUUACCAGGAAAGAAGAAACAGAGAAGUUGCAGACCUCCAAGAACUCAUCAAUGGCUGCAAGUUCUGGAGAAGAGAUUGAGGCCUGGAAAAAUGAACACGCAGUUGAUGACCCAGAAGAAGUGGUUGCAUUGGUCCAAAUGGGCAUUCGCAACAGUACUCAAAGGAGGCGACUUGGCUAUUUCUCAUGUGGAACUGGCAAUCCCAUUGAUGAUUGCUGGCGCUGCGACCCCAAUUGGCAGAAAAACCGCAAGCGCCUUGCUGAAUGUGGAAUUGGUUUUGGCAGAAACGCCAUUGGAGGCCGCGAUGGUCGCUUCUAUGUAGUUACAGAUCCCAAUGAUGACGACCCUGUCAACCCAAAGCCUGGAACUUUGCGUCACGCUGUAAUCCAGGAUGAACCAUUGUGGAUUGUGUUCAAAAGGGACAUGGUGAUUCAAUUGAAGCAGGAACUCAUCAUGAACAGUUUUAAAACAAUUGAUGGCCGUGGGGUUAACGUCCAUAUUGCUAAUGGAGCCUGCAUCACCAUCCAAUUUGUUACGAAUGUAAUCAUUCACGGUCUCCACAUUCAUGACUGCAAGCCCACUGGUAAUGCUAUGGUUAGGAGCUCACCCAGUCACUACGGGUGGAGGACAAUGGCCGAUGGAGAUGCUAUCUCUAUUUUUGGAUCAAGCCACAUAUGGGUCGACCACAAUUCCCUUUCUCAUUGCGCUGAUGGCCUGGUUGAUGCUGUCAUGGGUUCCACAGCCAUUACCAUCUCCAACAACCACUUCACUCAUCACAAUGAGGUGAUACUGUUGGGACACAGUGAUUCCUACACAAGAGACAAGCAAAUGCAAGUGACCAUCGCUUUUAACCAUUUUGGGGAAGGACUUAUCCAGAGAAUGCCAAGGUGUAGACACGGAUACUUCCACGUAGUCAACAACGACUAUACUCACUGGGAGAUGUAUGCCAUUGGUGGAAGUGCAAAUCCCACCAUUAAUAGCCAGGGCAACAGAUACAAUGCACCAGCUAAUCCUUUUGCAAAGGAGGUGACAAAGAGGGUGGAAACAAGUACAGGCAUAUGGAAGAACUGGAAUUGGAGGUCAGAGGGUGACCUUCUGCUGAAUGGCGCUUAUUUCACUCCAUCUGGAGCUGGAGCUUCAGCUAGCUAUGCUCGUGCUUCAAGCUUAGGUGCCAAGUCUUCUUCCAUGGUUGGAGCAAUUACUGCUAACGCAGGUGCUCUUCCAUGCCGCAGGGGACGCCAAUGCUAAUACACUCUGAUGAAUUAGAUUUGGCCAAAAAUAGGCCAUUUAGUUUGUGAUUUUUGUUUGAGCAAUUGUUUCUUUCAGGUCCUUACAUAUUGCAUUACCAAAUGUAUUGGCAAGUGUACAUUUUUUGCACAUGUCAUUAUAUUUCUGCAUCCCAGUUUCCCUCUCUGUUAUCUCUCAACCUCGGCCUGCUUCAGUCGAAAAGCCAAAAACCCAAUCCCAUUCUUCAGGGGGCAGGUGCAGAAGCGUUGUACAUCUUGUUCACCUUUUUCCUUUCCCCCUCCCCCCGCCUCUUCUGUCCUUUUCAGUUCUAACCACCAUUGAAACACUCUUUGAGUCCUUACUGUCAGUCUGUCUAGUCUUAUGAGUCUAGGAUUUUUUUUUUUUCUCAUUUUGUCUAGGGACACAAGCAACAUUCUGGAUUUCAAGUUAUGGAAAAAGAAAGAAGAAAGAAAAGGGGAAAAAGAAAAGCUUUGUUAUAAAAGUUGCAUAGGUAUAGCAUUGAUGUUCUUUAUCUUUAAACUUCUUGUUGCUUUGCAUCUUUUAUUUUUUUAUAUCUCUGUUAAUGGAAACAACAUUUCUUUUUCA